AUGUUCGCCACCGGGAACGGCACCGACACUCUAGGGAUGAACCAGAAGUUGCUACCGUGGUUAAAGGCGAGGAAGGGAAGCAGGUUUGGCAUCAUUAUGCUCGACUUUUACGAUGCCGUUCCGGGGCUCGUGGAGGCCGUUAUUGGCCUUUGA